AUGAUCAGCAGGAUUUUCAUCGCUUGCCUGUUUCUCGGGAUGUACAGUACGGGCUCCUCGCUAAGUUGCAAAUGGAUUGUAAAACAUCCAGACAACAACAUGAGUCAAUUCAGUCUGCACAACAAAAUAGCUUUAGGUCGACUUCAUAUGAUGGUGAGUGCACUUCUUUGCAUAAUGUUUAAUAUGAUUACUAACACCACUAAAAUUGAGCACAACGUGACGUUCCCUAAUCAACUGUAUCAACAGACGUCCAACGCAACAGAUGAGGAUAAACUGGCUUUCGUAGUUCAGAUUCUGAAGGAGGUGUUUGACCUGUUUGAGAAGAAUCGCAGCUCUGCACCAUGGGAGGAGAACACAGUGGAGAACUUUCUCAAUAUAGUCAACAAACAGGCUGAGAAGCUUCACUCCUGUGUAAACUCACUUUCAUUACAAUGA